AUGGGAUGUCUACACGAAGGACACUUAAGUUUAGUUUUUAUUCCAAAAGUUGAAGAGAUUUAUCCAUCAGGUGCUCCUUUAGAAGUUGAUAAACAAAAAGGUACAUUUGUUGAAGUAAAGGGUAAAUCACAUCAGCUUGAAGGCAAAACACGACCAACAUUUUUUCGUGGAGUAUCAACAGUAGUUACCAAAUUGUUUAAUAUAGUACAACCAGAUCAUGUAUACUUUGGUCAAAAAGAUGCACAACAAUGUGUAGUAAUAAGAAGUAUGAUGAAGGAUCUCCACUUUCCAAUUGAGAUGCAUGUUGGCGAGACAGUUAGAGAGAAUGAUGGGCUAGCAAUGAGUUCAAGAAAUAAAUAUCUUAGUAAAGAAAUGCGCAAAGUGGCAACUACAUUGUAUGAUGCAUUAAUGAUUGUCAAGAAAUCUUUUUAUGAUAAAGGUAUACGUGAUCGUGAAAAACUUUUGCAAGGUGCUCAUGAAUUAAUUGAACGUGCAAGAAAAAAGGUAGACGAAGACCAGACUUUGGAAUUUGAAGUUAAAUUGGACUAUUUAUCAUUGGCUGAUCCUGAAACAUUGGAGGAAAUUGAUUUCAUUAUUGGAGAGGAUGAAGGAGGAAAUGGUGCAUUGUUAUCGGGAGCUUUAUAUGUUGGUACUACAAGAUUAAUUGAUAAUUUAUUAUUAAAUUGUAAAAUUUGA